CAGAGAAGGAGUGUUGAGAACCGGCCUGAGUGUUUGAGUCUCCAGAGGAAACAUUUCUUCUCCUGCAGCAACAAUGACUCCAGUUGAGGCUUUGAGAGAGUUUAUUCAGCAGCGACUAACUGCUGCUGCUGGAGAAAUCUUCACCGCGUUUCAACAGACUAUCAUCCACUACGAGAAGGAGAUGAACGUUCAGGACAGACUGCUGGAAAUCACAGGAGAACUUCCAGCCCCGUUCUCCAGAACAGAGAGUCCACAGCAACACAGCAGUAACCAGAAGAGGAGUUCCAGUGGUGAGCAGGAGGAACAUGAAGCUCCACACAUUAAAGAGGAGGAGGAUCUUGUUGAGAUGAGCGUCACUGAUGGUGGAAGUGAGGAUUCCCACCACUCUGUGAGAGACUCCACCACCCGCAGACUCACUGCUGCUGCUGUGGAAAUCUUCAACCUGUUUCAACAGACUGUUGUCCAGUACCAGGAGAAGAUUGAUCGCCGACAAAGACUGCUGGACGUCAUCUUCCAACCUCAAAUCAAGUUACACAGAAUGGAGCUCCAACAGCACCGUGACUGUAGAGAGGAGCAGGAAACAAACUACUGUCUAGAACAGGAGGAACCAGAACCUCUAGAGAUUAAAGAGGAACCAGAAGAAGCAGGGUUUCUUCAGUUUCCAGAGGACCAGGAGGAGCCAGGGACUCUAGAGAUUGAGGAGCACGAGGAUCUGGGUUCCAGCCAGACGGGAGCGCGGCCUGUUGUGACGUCUGAAAGUGAAACCUUGAAGGUUCCUUCUGUUGAGGAGCAGAGUGACCUGAGUGAACCAGAAGAAGAGCCAGACACUGAGCAGCUCCUCUCUCAGGACUCUGAAGUCCACCAUGAGAACCACCUGAUUGACUCUCCAGUUUCAGAGAAGCAGGCUGGAUGUGAGGAAACAUGUAGUGAACCUGUCCGUAAAAAAACAAAACCAUGUCAGAAGGUAAGAACGGUCACUGAUAAGAAGAAAACCUGUGAAACAUGUGGAAAAAGCUUCAUUUGUCAGAGUCAUUUGUUGAACCACAUUAGAAUUCACACAGGUGAGAAGCCGUAUUCUUGUGAAACUUGUGGAAAAAGCUUCAGCAUGCAGGGUAAUUUGAUGUACCACAUGAGGAGUCACACAGAUGAGAAGCCAUAUUGUUGUGAAACAUGUGGAAAAAGCUUCAGUAUUCAGCGUAAUUUGUCGCGCCACAUGAGGAUUCACACAGGUGAAAAGCCGUACUCUUGUCAAACAUGUGGAAAAAGCUUCCUUUCUCAGACUCAUUUGGUGCGCCACAUUAGAACUCAUACAGGUGAGAAACCGUAUUCUUGUGAAACUUGUGGAAAAAGUUUCACUCAACGCGAUGCUUUGUUGCGCCACAUGAGGAUUCACAGAGAUGAGAAGCCAUAUUCUUGUGGAACAUGUGGAAAAAGCUUCAUUUGUCAGAGUACUUUGUUGUGCCACAUUAGAACUCACACCGGUGAGAAGCCGUAUUCUUGUGGAAGCUGUGGAAAAAGUUUCAGCAUUCAGCGUAAUUUGUCGCGCCACAUGAAGACUCACACAGGUGAGAAGCCGUAUUCUUGUGAAACAUGUGGAAAAAGCUUCAAGUGUAAGAGUCAUUUGUUGAACCACAUUAGAACUCACACAGGUGAGAAGCCAUUCUCUUGUGGAAUAUGUGGAAAAAGUUUCAGUCACCAGAGUAGUUUGUUGGUCCACAUGAGGACUCACACAGGUGAGAAGCCGUAUUCUUGUGGAACAUGUGGAAAAAGUUUCAGUGAUAAGAGUCAUUUGUUGUCCCACAUUAGAACUCACACAGGUGAGAAGCCAUAUUCCUGUGAAACAUGUGGAAAAAGUUUCAGUCAUCAGAGUCAUUUGUUGGUCCACAUGAGGACUCACACAGGUGAGAAGCCAUAUUCUUGUGGAACAUGUGGAAUGAGAUUUACUUAUCGUCUUUCAUGGCUGCACCACCUUAAAAGUCACAAAUAGAUGGCGCCAUGAAAGACUCUCUUGGAGAGCUCAUUCAGGAAGUUCAACUUGAUCCCCAAACCACAAGAGAGCAUCCAGUUUAAAGGAAAUGUUCCACAUUCAAACACUGUUGAGAAGAGAUCCACCUUCAGGAAUGUUUUUGUUUGUGGUCUGUCACAAAAAUGAGAAAUUUCAAGAAAUGGAAAUAAAAUGUUGACAUGA